AUGUCGCUAGUGGAAGGAGGGGGCGAUGACUAUACGCAAGACGGAACCGUCGAUCUCCGUGGAAACCCUGCCUGUCGAUCCAAGCGAGGCGGAUGGACCGCCUGCUCCUUUAUCGUUGUGUAUGAAGUCUUCGAGAGGAUGGCAUACUACGGAAUUUCAUCCAACCUCAUCAUGUACUUGACCAAGAAGCUUCACCAAGGCACGGUCGAGUCGGCCAACCACGUCACCAACUGGGUCGGCACCAUUUGGCUGACUCCCAUCCUCGGCGCGUACAUCGCAGACGCCCAUCUCGGCCGUUACUGGACCUUCAUCAUUGCGUCGGCCAUCUAUUUUGCGGGCAUGUCGGUGUUGACCCUGGCCGUCUCGCUUCCCGGACUGAAACCGCCUCCGUGCUCGGAAGCCAGCGUCAACAAUUGCAAGGAGGCCUCCACAUUGCAACUCGCCGUCUUCUAUGGUGCGCUGUACACGCUGGCGGUCGGGACCGGUGGGACCAAGCCCAACAUCUCGACAAUCGGUGCGGACCAGUUCGAUGACUUCGACACGAAGGAGAAGGCCAACAAGCUCUCCUUCUUCAACUGGUGGAUGUUCAGCAUCUUCUUUGGGACCUUCUUUUCCAACACCAUCCUUGUGUAUAUCCAGGACAAUGUGGGCUGGGCUCUCGGGUAUGGGCUUCCAACCCUUGGGCUUGCGGUUGCGAUUGUGAUCUUCCUCAUAGGCACCCCUAGAUACCGGCACCGGGUGCCUGCAAGCAGCCCGUUCACGAGGAUGGCCCAGGUCAUCGCAGCCGCUGUGAGGAAGUGGAAGGUGCAGGUCCCGAGCGAUCCAAGGGAGCUUCAUGAGCUCGACCCACAAGAGUAUGUUAGCAAGGGGAAAUUCAGGAUCGACUCGACACCAACCUUGAGAUUCUUGAACAAAGCAUGCGUCCAAACUGGCUCGACUUCUCCGUGGAAACUAUGCUCGGUCACCCAAGUCGAGGAGACAAAACAAAUGUUGCGGAUGAUCCCGAUCCUGACCGCGACUUUCGUCCCGAGCUGCAUGAUAGCUCAAGUCAAUACCCUCUUCGUCAAGCAAGGAACUACCUUAGACAGAAGCAUCGGCAGCUUCAAGAUCCCCCCGGCAAGUCUAGCCGGAUUCAUGACCAUAUCAAUGCUUGUGUGCAUCGUGGUGUACGACCGCAUCUUCGUCAAGGUCAUGCGAAGAUGGACAAAGAACCCGAGAGGCAUCAGCCUUCUUCACAGGAUGGGGAUCGGCCUUCUCCUCCACAUCAUGGUCAUGAGUGUGGCAUCGUUCACCGAGAGAUGGAGGAUCCGAGUGGCUAGGGAACACGAUUUAGUCGAAUCGGGAGGACAAAUCCCGGUGACGAUCUUCAUUCUGCUUCCUCAAUUCGUGCUCAUGGGAAUGGCCGACGCAUUCCUGGAAGUAGCGAAGAUCGAGUUCUUCUACGACCAAGCGCCGGAGAGCAUGAAGAGUCUGGGCACGUCUUAUUCAUCGAUCACUUUGGGUAUCGGGAACUUCCUCAGCAGCUUCCUUCUAUCGACGGUCUCGCACCUCACCAAGAGGCACGGCCACCACGGGUGGAUACUAAACAACCUGAAUGCGUCGCACCUUGACCAUUACUAUGCCUUCUUUGCAGUGCUCAACCUCCUGAAUUUUGCAUUCUUUCUGUUCGUGGCAAAGCUCUAUGUGUAUCGCGCGGAAGUCUCGGAUUCGAUGGUGGUGCUCAAGGAAGAACUGAAAGUACAUAACCUGGAGGCCGCGGUGCCAUAG